AUGCGUAUAACUAUACCUUUCUCGGCCUUUUGGCUAAGAUCAAGUGUAGUAUCUGUUCUUAUCAGUUUAAUAUCUGAUACGAGGGUCAUCGACCCUCACGAUAUUAAUCUAAUUUCUCUCACGGGUGCGAGUCCAACGGGGCAGCUCGCUGUUUCGGACUCGCCAGCGUCGCCUUGCCUCUAUGAAAAGUAUGAAGUCCUUGCGCUUGACAGUGUGAGGGUUCGAACCUUCCGAAGGCAAUAUCUUGACGUUCUCAAGAAAAGCUCGAGGAGAUCUCAAACCUCGGUCUAG